CGCUUCUCUCUAGACCUCUUCUCUUUCUCUUUCUCUAUCUCUAUCUCUCUUUCUAUAUAGACACAAACAGACACCCCCACCUAGAGGAUUCAUCUUGUGGUGGCUCUGUUUCUUGCUCUGUUUUUCUAAGUGUACAAUGACGGACAUAACAGACGACAUAGCGGAAGAAAUCUCAUUUCAGAGCUUCGAUGAUGACUGUAGACUACUGGAAAACCUUCUUAACGACGUCCUCCGAGGGGAAGUAGGACCCAAAUUCAUGGAAAAACUUGAAAGAACUAAAAUCCUCGCUCAGAGUGCAUGUAACAUGAGAAUGGCUGGGAUUGAGGAUACGGCAGAGUUGCUUGAGAAGCAAUUGGCAUCAGAGUUAUCAAAAAUGACAUUAGCGGAAGCCUUGACGCUUGCUAGGGCAUUCAGUCAUUAUCUCAAUUUGAUGGGUAUAGCCGAAACCCAUCACAGAGUACGAAAGGCGCGGGAUGUGGUACAUUUAUCAAAAUCUUGUGAUGAUACGUUCAAUCAGCUGGUGCAGGGUGGAGUUUCCACGGAUGAGCUUUACAACACUGUUUGCAAGCAGGAGGUUGAGAUUGUUCUCACUGCUCAUCCCACACAAAUAAAUCGAAGAACAUUACAAUAUAAACACCUUAGACUUGCUCAUCUUUUAGAGUAUCGUGACAGAAAAGAUCUUGGGAGCGAAGAUAAAGAAAUGCUAAUAGAAGAUCUGGUCAGAGAGAUCACUUCAUUGUGGCAAACAGAUGAGCUUAGGCGCCAUAAACCUACACCAGUAGAUGAAGCUAGGGCUGGAUUACACAUCGUGGAGCAGUCCCUUUGGAAAGCUGUACCUCACUAUUUACGCCGUGUCAGCAGUGCUCUGAAGAAGCAUACUGGAAGGCCACUCCCAUUGACAUGCACACCAAUAAAAUUUGGAUCUUGGAUGGGUGGUGAUAGAGAUGGGAAUCCAAAUGUAACAGCAAAGGUGACAAAAGAUGUCUCCCUUUUAUCCAGGUGGAUGGCUAUUGAUCUCUACAUACGGGAAAUUGAUAGCCUCAGAUUUGAACUGUCAAUGAAUCAGUGCAGUGAUAGAUUGUCAAGACUGGCACAUGAGAUUUUGGAAAAAGAAGCUCUAUCAGAGGAUCGACACGAGAGUUGGAACCAAACACUAAGCUGGAAUCAAUCGAAGCAUCACAGCCAACAAGCUCCCUCGCUUCCUACACAACUUCCAGCUCGAGCUGAUCUACCCUCUUGCACAGAAUGCAAUGACGUGGAAUCUCACUAUCCUCGACUGGAUCUUCCUGGAACAGAGUACAAGCCAUUGAAUCGUCAGGAUGGUCAAAAUUCAUCAAGGCUGGAUUCUUCAUUCCAGGAUUCCCAUAUACAUCUUCCGAAAACUUCUGCAAAUGGAAAUAUAGCUAAUUCUAGCAAUGCUCAGUCAAAAAUGGGAGCACGUGCCGCUUCUUUCAGCUCUAGUCAUCUCCUUGCUCAGAGGAAACUUUUUGCUGAAUCUCAGAUUGGAAGGACCAGCUUCCAGAAGCUUCUGGAACCAAGCAUUCAGCCUGGAAUUGCUCCAUAUAGACUUAUUCUUGGGAACGUAAAAGAAAAGCUUAUGAAGACACGGAAGCGGCUGGAGCUUCUUCUAGAGGAUCUUCCUUGUGAACAGGAUCCUUGUGAUUAUUAUGAAACAUCAGAUCAACUUUUGGAGCCACUUCUUCUAUGCUAUGAUUCUCUGCGAUCAUGUGGUUCUGGGGUUUUGGCUGAUGGUCGGCUUGCUGACCUAAUCAGAAGAGUGGCUACGUUUGGGAUGGUUUUACUGAAGCUUGACUUGCGUCAGGAAUCUGGUAGACACUCUGAAGCACUUGAUGCAAUUGCCAGAUAUCUGGAUAUGGGUACAUACAGUGAGUGGGAUGAAGAAAGAAGACUGGAAUUUCUAACAAGAGAGCUGAAAGGGAAGAGGCCUCUGGUUCCUCCAACGAUAGAGGUUGCCGCUGAUGUUAGAGAAGUCCUGGAUACCUUCCGAGUGGCUGCUGAGUUGGGAAGUGAUUCCCUAGGAGCAUAUGUGAUUUCUAUGGCCUCAAAUGCAAGUGAUGUCCUUGCUGUGGAGCUUCUCCAGAAAGAUGCCCGUCUUGCGAUCUGUGGGGAGCUAGGUAGACCAUGCCCUGGUGGAAUGCUGCGAGUGGUUCCUCUUUUUGAAACUGUGAAGGACUUGAGAGGAGCUGGCUCAGUGAUCAGGAAAUUAUUGUCGAUUGAUUGGUACCGGGAGCAUAUCAUAAAGAACCAUAACGGGCACCAGGAGGUGAUGGUUGGAUAUUCUGACUCUGGUAAAGAUGCUGGGCGCUUCACUGCUGCGUGGGAACUGUACAAAGCUCAAGAGGAUGUUGUAGCUGCAUGCAAAGAAUAUGGUAUCAAAGUCACUCUGUUUCAUGGGCGUGGAGGAAGCAUAGGUCGUGGUGGUGGACCUACACAUGUUGCCAUCCAAUCUCAACCGCCUGGUUCUGUAAUGGGUACUCUGAGAUCAACGGAACAGGGAGAAAUGGUGCAGGCAAAGUUUGGGCUACCACAAACAGCAGUUCGACAACUAGAGAUCUACACAACAGCAGUGCUUCUUGCUACCUUACGCCCUCCACUUCCACCUAGAGAAGAAAAAUGGCGUAAUCUCAUGGAUGAAAUCUCACAAAUCAGUUGCCAGAGUUAUCGAAGCACUGUCUAUGAAAACCCUGAAUUCCUUGCAUACUUCCAUGAAGCUACACCACAGGCUGACCUUGGAUUCCUUAAUAUAGGGAGUCGACCCACAAGAAGAAAGAGUUCAGUGGGGAUUGGCCACCUUCGUGCAAUUCCAUGGGUAUUUGCAUGGACCCAAACCAGAUUUGUUCUUCCUGCUUGGCUUGGAGUGGGAGCAGGCUUAAAGGGUGUUUGUGAGAAGGGACAUACUGAAGACUUACGAUCAAUUUACAAAGAAUGGCCUUUCUUUCAAUCUACCAUAGACCUUAUAGAGAUGGUUUUGGGUAAAGCGGACACUCCCAUAGCCAAGCAUUACGAUGAAGUUCUUGUGUCGGAGAGCAGGAGAGAGCUUGGUGCUGAACUGAGGAGGGAGCUUUUGACAACAGAGAAGUUUGUAUUGGUGGUUACUGGGCAUGAGAAGCUGUCUGAAAAUAAUCGGAGCUUGCGGAGGUUGAUUGAGAGCAGGCUUCCUUAUCUCAACCCCAUGAACAUGUUGCAGGUGGAGAUAUUGAGGAGGCUGAGAAGUGACGAUGAUAACCAUAAACUUAGAGAUGCAUUGCUCAUUACUAUUAAUGGGAUUGCAGCUGGGAUGAGGAACACUGGUUAAAUCGUGCCACCCCUCCUUGAAGUACAAAUUUUUGAUGCAAAUUACAAAUAUAUAGUUGAGUUUAAAUGUGUUUGACAUUAUGUUUUGUUUUAGACAUAGAAAAAUUGCAUGGAACCUUGAGUGCUUGGUCUCUAAAACGGUGAAAGUGUUUUUGUUUUAUCAGAUAUUUAGUCUGAACCAGUAUGUAUGAUCAGCAUAGUCUACUGAAUAUAGCUGAAGGUUUGCCAUGUUGGCUGUCUUGUUUAGUUAUGGUUGUGAAAAAUAGUUGGGGGAACAGUCUCUUGACAUGUCACUGUACAAAUUUAGCUUGCUACAGGCCUUUCUUCUUACCAAAAGCUGUUCUUCCUCUGUAACUGCUAGGAUUUGGUCCCACGAGUUCUACUUUACUAUAAGUUCAUGCAGCCGACUUAAAAAAUGUUUGAAUAAUGUUUUGUUUUGUUCAGUUGAGUUUAUAUAUGUGAAAAAAUGAUUGUUCAAGA